GGUGGCGGCGGAGGCGGCUCCGCGACGCUGAUGCCGGCGUCGGCAGCGGCGGCGAGCGGGAGCCUGGCGGCGGGGGGCUGCGGCGCGGCGGGGCCGUCGUCGUGGACGCGCUCGCUGGAGCGGUCGCUGGAGGAGGCGGCGGCCAGCGGCUCCCUCAGCCUCAGCGGCAGGAAGCUGAGGGACUAUCCGCGGGGCAGCGCCGCCGGCCACGACCUCAGCGACACCACCAAGGCCGAUUUAUCACGGAACCGACUCUCCGAGCUGCCACAAGAAGCUUGCCUCUUCGUUUCCCUCGAGAGCUUGAAUUUGUACCAGAAUUGCAUUCGUUAUAUUCCAGAAGCCAUUUUGAACUUGCAGUCCUUAACAUUUUUGAAUAUCAGCCGUAACCAGCUCUCAACGUUGCCUGUCCACCUGUGCAGCCUGCCCUUAAAAGUUCUGAUAGCUAGCAACAAUAAACUGGUCUCCAUCCCAGAAGAAAUCGGACAUCUGAGACAUCUGAUGGAGCUUGAUGUCAGCUGCAAUGAAAUCCAGACAAUCCCUCCCCAGAUUGGCAAUCUAAAUUCCUUGCGGGAUCUCAACAUCAGGAGGAAUCAUCUGGUACAUUUACCUGAAGAGCUUGCCGAGCUGCCUUUGAUUCGGUUAGAUUUCUCCUGCAAUAAAAUCACAACAAUCCCAGUGUGUUACCGGAACCUCAGGCACUUACAGACAAUCACCUUAGAUAACAACCCCUUGCAGUCUCCCCCAGCCCAGAUAUGUAUAAAAGGCAAAAUCCACAUAUUUAAGUAUCUGAACAUGGAAGCGUGUAAAGUUGUGCCAGACCUUCCCGAUUAUGAUAGGCGACCGAUAGGCUUCGGAUCCUGCCAUGAAGAUCUGUAUUCGAGUCGACCGUACGGAGCACUGGAUUCCGGGUUCAACAGCGUAGACAGCGGAGAUAAGAGAUGGUCAGGAAAUGAACCGACAGAUGAGUUUUCUGACCUUCCCCUGCGAGUGGCAGAGAUCACGAAAGAACAGAGGUUGAGAAGAGAGAGCCAUUACCAAGAACACAGAGGGAACUCCUUGGUCACAAACGGUGGAGUGGAGCAAGAUCUGGAUCAGAUCGACUUUAUUGACAGCUGUGCCACCGAGGAAGAGGAGGAAGAAGUGAGGCAGGCCAAAUGUCCGGAGACAGACAGCCUCAGCACGCAAUUCAUGGCCUAUAUUGAACAACGCCGAAUUUCUCACGAGGGUUCACCCGUAAAACCUACAAACAACCGAGAGUUUCCUAGGUCGGAAGAUGCAAGAAAAUACCUCCAUCAAAACAGAGAUGCAGAGGAAUUAAAACGACCUGAAAGUCUGAGUUUAAUGCAAGAUAGGGAACGACCGCAAGGAUUAAGGAGCCUUGUAGAUCGGUCAGAAAGGGGUUGCCGAGACUCUGCUACCCAUGGGUCAUUGUCCAAUGCUCACAAUCAGAAUCUUCCCGCAGAAGCUGACGCACCCAAAAGGCGAGAGCCCUUCAUGGAGUGGACGCGGAGGGAAGCGCAGCUGGCGGCCCUGCACUGUGAGGAGGAGAAGAGGAAGACGAAGCAGAUCCAGAAGGAGGCCGUUCUUGAUUUUGUCAAACUCAAGGCGUCCCAGAGUCCACGGAAACAAAACACGCUGGAGAACGAGUGCCCCUUUCCGUCCAGAAGGUCUCAGCACACUGACGAUAGUGCCUUGCUGGUGAGUGACGACCGAUCCACCAUCUCACCGAAUUCACCCACUUCUCAAACAGUUCACCUGUCUGUCCCAUAUCCUGGCCCAGCCGCCACCCCCUCCUACAGAGCAACUCCCCAGCGCCCCGAAAGCUUCCUUUUCCGAAACGCCACCAGAGAAGAAGCAAACAAAGCCGUCACGUCUGCUUCUUCACCAGCCCUGGUUAAUUGCACAGAUGACAUCAGCGAUAACCAUAAUUCCACCUUGCCGGAAGAAGACGUUUUGGUGAUAGAGCAACUGCGAAAAAACAUUGAAUCCCGGUUAAAAGUGUCUUUGCCGAGCGAUCUCAGCGCAGCCUUAACAGACGGCGUGGUGCUUUGCCAUUUAGCCAAUCACGUGCGGCCUCGUUCUGUCCCUAGUAUUCACGUGCCCUCGCCAGCUGUCCCUAAGUUAACCAUGGCCAAGUGUCGACGGAAUGUGGAAAAUUUCCUGGAAGCCUGUCGAAAAAUAGGGGUGCCUCAGGAGCGACUGUGUUUGCCUCUGCAUAUUUUAGAAGAGAAGGGGUUGACGCAGGUGGCAGAGACUGUGCAGGCCCUCCUGGAAUGGGCCCCCCCAAAACAACAGCACCACCUGGGCGCUGCCUAAGGAGCCCCGAGAACUUCUUCCCGGGCUGGCGGAAGGAGGCGAGUGCGGGUGCCGCCUCUCCAAGCACAAGACUGUCUUUGUGUUCGAAGAGCGACCGCCGAACCCCCGAAUUCCUGAUGGGAAUCCUUUGCCUUUUCGUUUCUCCACUUGUUUUUUUUUUUUUUUUCCCCAUCGGACUUUUGCAAUUUGUAAAGUGGGAGUUUUUUUUUCUGGGGCGGAGGGAACGGGGUGAAAACUCCAGGAGCCCCUCGGCUUCCUAUUUAAAUAUCAUCCUCGGGGAGAUCUGGGCGGGGGAGAAAAAAAAGAAGGACUUUUAACCUCCACCACUAUAGAAAUGUGAGGUUCCUGGUAGGUUUAACAUGGAGGAAAAAAACUUGUUUGUUGUUUUUUUGUUUUGUUUUGUUUUGCACUUCUGCUCUGAACAAUCCCGCAGACAAGACCAGCUCCGGAAGGAUCCCCGUGAUGACGGUCCUUAGCCAGUCCUGAAUCCUCUUAUUCUUUUGCUUCUUUUGUUCUUUUCCAUCAUCGCUUCCCAUUGAGAUGUUUCUUACAGGAUUUUUUUUUUAAAAAAAAUAUGUAUUCAUGGGUCCCAAGACGUGCGAGAAAUUCAGCACAAUUCGAUCCUAAAUCAGCAAGUCGGAUGCCUGAAUUGGAGAGAGCCUGGUACGACUUUAAUAUCAUCCCUCAAAUGUCCUCUUCCCCGCCCCCGUUUAGUAGUACGAAGGAGCUGAAGCCUGAGCAAUAAAUGUAUCGGUGAUGCCUGUUAAGUGAAGAAGAAUGGGGCACAACUAGACGCCCUUCUGGGUGCUUGAAAGAGCAGCUUCAUUUUUCCGCCCAAGCAGCUGACCCAAUCCAGCUUUUUUGCUUUCUUCCUCCUGUUCACCUUCCUAGUUUUCUUAAUAAGAUUUUAUAAAAUGUGAGAUUGCAAACCACUUUAGCACUUACUUGGAGAGGGCAAUUGGGAAGAAUUAUUCUGUGAACCAGGCAUGGUUUGGAUGCGGUUGAAAAAGCAGCUACAACACCUUGAAUCUGCCUGGAGCAUAAUUCUGCCCACGUGGAAAAGACAAACCUGAAUAAAAUUUGGAGUUUUUUCACCCUGGAGAUGGUGCAGCAGGCAGAACAAACGAACACUGAGCCUCUGCCGGUUGGCGUGAAUUGAAGGCUGGAUCUCUCCAACUGAGACCCUAUUCAAAUAGAUAGAUCCUCUGUCUUUUUUUUUUUUCCAUACGGUUUCCAUGCUUGAGGACAAUCCCAGUUAAAGCCACUUCUUGUGUUGCGAGUGGAAAAGCGUGCGCUCCGGUGUUUGAAUAGGAUUGGGGCAGCACUGUUGUGCCCUUAGAGCAGGGGUCUCCAAUGUUGGCCACCUUUAAGACUUGUGGACUUCAACUCCCAGAAUUCUUCAGGCAGCAUAGCUUACUCUCUUGUAAUCCCUUCUUUUGCAAUCUCGCCACUUUAAGGGAAAGGAGAAAAAGAAACAGACACGGCUGGCUGGCUGAGGAAUUCUGGGAGUUGAAGUCCACAAGUUUUAAAGUGGCCAAGGUUGGAGACCCCUGCCGUAAAGGAACCCUGUGUAAUCCCUAAAGGAAGCUGGAUGUUUCAGGUGCCUGGGAAGGAGUGUGCAAUUGAAGGAGUUUGUAGGCAUUAAAUGCCUGAUUAAGUGUCAGGAGAUGCAUCGGCUGGGAAGUCAAAAUUUCAGUUGGCCGAUUCAGCUGCCGGGGGAUGAAGUCCCCGUUCUCGGUCAUUGCAGGACCGGAGAACUUUAAACAAAAAAAAAACGCUUUAUACAUGAAUCAGAUGUGUAUCUCGGACUCAUAAGUGAAGCCAAAGCUAGUGAAGGUCACUCGUGACAGAUGUGCAGAUGUGGAGGAGGUAAGAAAAGGGAUGGUUGGUUGGAAGAGAUUUGGGAAUUGAUCCACAGCACCAUAACUAAUUUUUUUCCCUAUUCAGUUGCAGGGCCCCCACCUGCCCCCAGUUAUUUCCGAUCAACCCUGUUUGUUUUCAAGCUCCUGUUCGCUUCUCCGAGCUUCGAAUAGGCAAUGGUUCCAGGGCUUUCCUAUUUCUUUCCUUCUUGCCCUUUCCUUCUCCACCUCCAUCGCUCUUUGUUUUCAUUUUCGUCUCUUUCUCGGCAUGGCCGGCUUCCUGCAUCCUGGCGGUGUAUUUCGAUUUUUAAGGGUUUUUUUUUUUAUCUCCCUUGCCAAGAACACCCCAAGACCCUGUUCAAAUGGCAAAAGAAGAGCACCCAAUUGUAGUCAGGUCGUGUGUUGUUUUCGUUAGGGCUGCUUUUGGCUUGCAAAGGGCUUGGGGUGGCUUGCGUUUUGCAGAAACAGCUUUGGAGGAAAAGAGAUGCAUGAAACAUGCCAUCGAGGGUUGCAGAAGGCCUGGAGGGUCCCAUUUUCUGCUUUAAAACUUGGUGGUUCUGCUCUUUGGGGACCCCUGACCCUCGUGAAAUACGGUUUUUUGAAAGGACAGAAUGCCACAUUUCCGAAGCCUCAUUUUGUAGGAUUUGAGUUUUCGGGUUUAAAUCUGCACUCUCCAAUUCUGUCCGCUUGCAAGUUCUCCGCUGUUUGUUUUAUCUCAGUGCUUCCCAAACUUGACCCUUUGAAGAUGUAUGGACUUCAACUCCCAGAAUUCCUCAA